AUGAAAGGGUUGAAAAUAAAUAAAAAGAUGUGUUAUGCUGUACAAAAAUAUAAUUUUAUGUUUAAACAAUUUGUUUGUUAUAACAUACAAACUUUUAGUUUUAAAAUUUUAAACCCACAUAAAUUUAAAAUGAAGGCAGCUUAUCUCAGAAAUCUAUAUGAGAAUCUAGAGGAUCCCAUAGCAAUUUAUAGGAAUAAUAAGAAACAUAUACACAAGGUAGAAUUAAUUGUAACUGCUAUUAAGAAGCUUGAUCAUCGUAAUAUUGAACAGUUCUUAAUUGAAUUUAUUAAUGAUUAUCUCUACACGGACAAGCAUACAGUUAUAGAUAAUAGAAUAUCUAAAGCAUUACAUUAUUUGUUAAAAUCAGAGAUAUCAUAUGAAAUAUUUUUAUUGUUCUUUAAGUUAUUAGACCAUUCAGAUAUUUUUAAUGACAUUGAUCUUCAAUUGAUUAACAUUAAUUUUGAUUGGAACAAAUUGCUUUAUGCCAAAAUAGUUCUGAAGUAUAAUUUAAUUCCAAGUGUUGAAAUGGGAGAGAUAAAUGUUUUUAAUAGUCUUGUAUUUGAUAUCGCGAUUGAAUAUUAUUAUAAGUAUGAUUUUUUAUUAACUAAGGAAUUUUUUAAACCGUUAUUUAACUUAAAUUCAAUAAUCAACGCUAAAGAAUACACUCAUACUAAUGUAAAAAUAUUUAAAGUGAAACAAAUUUAUAAUUUAAAACCGAUUGAUGUAUUUAAAAUUGGUUUGUGUAAAUCAGUUGAUACAUCAAUUGGUAAAGUGAUUAAGAAAUGUUCAAUAUGUGGUGAAUAUUUUAAUACUAAUAAUACAAUAACGUUUAUAGAUAUGAACAAUAUUUAUGAAUCAAUUAAUGAGUGUAUUAAGGGAAAAGAUGUAGAUUCACUUUAUUUUAUACUAAUUCAUCUAAACAGUUAUGAUUUAUUAGCAUUUCAAUUAGACAGUAAUUUAUUUAAUUUUAUAAUGAAUUCAAGUCAUUAUCACUUAAUUGAGUAUGUUAUUAAAAAUAAUACGUUUACAUCACAAUUACUUUCCUAUUUUAAGUUAAAUGCUUCAGUUAAGAAUUUAAAUUCUAAUGUUUUUAUACUAAAUAUUAUUGAAAUUAUUUUAAAUAAUAAUCAAAGUAAUAAUAGAAACCAUUUUCUAUUUGGAUGUUAUAAAAUUUUAUAUUUGAAGUACUUGAAUAGAAAUAAUUUACUUUUGAUUAAGAACAUUAUUUAUAGACAUAAAGAGUUGUUUUUAAGAAUUAUUGAUGAAAUAAUAUCAGAUUUUUUAAGAGACAAAAACAUUGAGCGAAUAUCAUGUCUUGAUGAUCUUAAUUCAAUAUUUUAUAAUUUAUCUUCAUUAUUUUCAGUACCAAUUGAACAAUUUACUAGUAAUAACAUGUAUUAUAUUUUUUCAUAUCUGUAUUUGGAAAAUAGUAAUACUAUAUUAACACAAAAACUUCUUAACAACUAUAUUCAUUAUGCAAUUGUAUAUGAAAUAUUAAAUAAUAACUAUUUUGACCAAGUUAAUGAUGUAGAAGUAUUGGUAAUAUUGAUGUUGUGUAAUAGAUAUGAAAUUUUAGAUAGUUAUUUUAAACCCACUGUUGCGUAUUUUAUUAAAAAUAACAUAAACCAAAUUAUAUUAAUGCUAAAGAAAAUAGUAUAUUUUAAUAGAGAAGAGUAUAAUUUUAUUAAAAAUUAUAAUUAUGACAAAAACCCAUCAGAAAAUAAUUGUAUUUAUAAGUUGUUAAAAUUUGUUAUUAGUAAGUUUGAAAAUAUACCAAAUAUUGUAGAAUAUCUUUUACCAUCACUAGAGUUUUAUCUUCAUUAUUAUAAUUGCAAGUGUAAGGAUGUAUUUAGAACUUUUAUUGAAUAUAGUAAAAAGGAGAUCUGUUACACAUCAUUAUUAAUUGAUAAAAAUAUUAUUGAGUACGAUAGGUGCAAUGUUUUUAACAAAUUUGUUGACAUUACUUAUGAUGACAUCAUAGAAGAAUAUAAAGAUAGUAAACAUUUAGAAACAAUAGUUAUUAGUACUAAUAAAGAAGAUGAAGACUAUAAGCCUAAUUAUAGAAUAACUAAUUUAUCUAUAGAUGAGUUAUAUACAGAGCUACUAGAUUAUUUACUGUUUUACUAUUUCAGAUUAGAUCAUAAUAACUAUGAUGUGUUUUCAUAUGUUUUUCAAGAAUAUAUUAAACAUAGAGAUAUUUUGGAGUUUUAUGAAGAAGGUAAUUUUAAAUUCAAGAACUUUAUAAUAAAUCAAUACAAAAAUACAAAAUAUCAACUCAAUAGUGAAGAUAUCAGAUAUGAUAAUAAUUAUGAAAGGAUUAUAAGAGAGUUAUAUAAAAAAUUUUACGGUAGAUUAAUAGAUAUUGAUAAUGAUUAUAAAUAUCUAAACAAUAUGUAUUUACUUGAUAAUUACUUAGUUGAGGAUAGUAUUAUUUUGAUAUGUCAAAUACUUAUAAAUAAUGAUGAAUAUGAUUAUAAAAGUUAUAUUAAUAAUCAAAUAGAAAGUAUUUUAGUUAUUAAUUAUACUUUUAAUGAUAAUCUAAUAAUUAACACAGAUUCAAUCUUAAUAUUUAAGUUUAUUGUUAGAUUGUUGAACCAUCUUUAUAUUAUUAAUCAUAAUUACUUUAACUUAGUUAUGAAUUUAAAAGAUUAUUAUGGAGUAAUUUAUUAUAUUGAACAUUUAUACUCUAUUAACAAAGUAAUUGAUUUAGAUCAAAUUUAUAUUCUCAAAUAUUGUUUUUAUAGUAUAAAUGAUUAUGAUAGAUGUUUAACCAUUUAUAACAAUUUGAUUGAUCCUAUUUCACUUUACUACAAUUAUCUGAUUAAUAGAGAUAUGGAAGCUGUUAAUAUUUGUUUAAGUAGAAUUGAGGAAAAGUAUCAUCUUCAUAAGUCACUUUUAGACGAUAAUAUUGAUAACGGUUUACAAGAUCAUAUUAAUAUAGAUCUUUAUAUGAUUAAACAUUCAACAAACAUUAAUAAAACUUUACAGUUAAUUAGUAAAAGAAUCCAAAACAGUAAGUUUAAAAAUAACUUGAUAAAGUUAUACUAUAAAAUAUUUGAAAGUAAGUCUAUGGAAUUUAUAAACUCUAAUUUAAGCUCAUUAUCAAAUCUGAAAGUUGUACAUAACUUCAUCAUUGAUAAAUAUUUAAAAUUACUUCAAGAAAGUAAAGAUUAUUCUAAGUAUGAUAAGUUGAUAUUGGAAUUAAUUUUAGAUGGAAACAAAGAACUACUUUAUGAUUAUGCUGUAUCUAAAGAGCUGGUACCUAGUGAGUGUAUAAAUAUAUUAGAUGUGAUUAUUAAUGAGAAGAUAUCUGAUCUUCUAAUUUAUAAAUCAAAGAUUAAGAGAUGUAUUUUACUUAAAAAUAAAGAAUACACACUAUCAACAAUACAAGAACUAGAAAAUAUAUCUUUGAGUACAAAUCUUAAUAAGAAUAGUGAUAGUUCAGAUUUAAGUAAAAGCGAGGAAAUUAAUCAAUUAUUGUUAAAAUUAUACUUUUAUUCGGGUAAAUUAUUUGAUGAACUUAAAGAAACCAAUGAGGCCCUUAAAUAUUACUAUAAGUCAUUUUCCUACUCAUUUGAAUCAGUACCAAGAUUUUUUUAUAUCUUAACAAAUGAUAAAUAUAAGAAGAAAAUAAGAUUUACUAAUGAAAUUGUUGAUUUAGUAAUUAAAAAUGAUUUACAUGUUGUUAAAGAUUAUUUUAAACAGUUACUAACUGAUAGGAAUAAUACACAUGUUAAAAAAGUAAUUACAUCACUAGUUAAAAAAUAUAAAUAUUUGUAUUGGCAUACUUUAUCAGCUGAUUUUAGCAACAGUAAAGAAAUAUUAGAAGAAGAUCUUUUUAGUAAAACUAUAAAAAAGAAUAUUCUUAAAUUAGUUGAUGCGUUUAUGGAUAUUGCUAAUAGUAAAGAAAGUAAACUUACAAUGAAAGGUAAUUUUGUUUAUAUUUAUAAAAUAAUUCAAGAUCAAAUAAUUAUGCCGGGAUUUGAUAAUGUUUAUAUAACUAAUAUUUCAAAUUAUAUUCAAAUAUUUAGUUCAUUACAGAAACCUAAGAUGAUUCAAUUAUAUGGAAGUGAUGGUAAGAUUUAUUCUUUUAUUGUUAAGAGUAACGAUGAUAUGAGAAAAGAUAGUAGAUUUAUUGAAUUGGGGAAAUUACUAAAUAAGUUAUUUGCUAAUAGCACCAAUUAUUACAUUAGAACGUAUGAUGUUAUACCUUUUGGAGGUUCAGGAGGUAUUAUGAAAUUUGUUAGCAAUUUAAUAUCACUAAAGGAAAUAUUUAUUAAAUAUAAUGAUGGUUCUUUAUUUUAUGAUAUUUAUAAGAGGAAUUCUAAGAAACAAAGAUUUGGAUCUGUAAAAUCAUUUAUUGAAACAAGAGAUUCUAUAGAACCUUUCUUUCAAAAAUAUUUUUUAGAAAAGUAUAAUGAUCCUAAAAAAUAUUAUGAAUGUUCUAACAAUUACUUAGAAACAUAUACAGUUAUGUGUGUAGUUGGUUAUUUUAUGGGAUUGGGUGAUAGACAUUGUGAAAAUAUUCUAUUUGAUAAAGAAACGGGUGAUACUGUACAUGUAGACCUUAACAUGAUAUUUAACUUAGGUCAGUCAUUACAAAUACCAGAAAAGGUGCCAUUUAGAUUAACACAAAAUAUUAUUGAUGGGUUUGGUGUUAUGAAAUUAAAGCUAUUUAAGAAAAUCUUUAAAGAAGUACUUUUAAUAAUGGCACAAAACAAAGACACCAUAUUAGCAAAUUUACUGAGUUUUGUUAACGAUCCAGUUCUAAUAACCAAAUCGGGUAGAAGUCAGAGUACAACAACAAUAAUGAAUAAUCUUAACGAAAGGUUAAGUAACUUAGAUGAAGACUAUAAGUUAGAACAAAAGGUUGAUGAGUUAAUAAAUGAAGCAACAUCCGAUAAAAAUUUAAGUGAAAUGUUUAUUGGAUGGGCUUCUUAUAUUUGA